CCGCCCCGCCCCCCUGUGCGGAGGCCUGGGCCCUGUUUACCCGCGGUGCAUGGCGGGGCCGUCGCCUGGGACAACCCAGCCACCCGACAGUCCCUUGGCGUUGCAGAGCGAGCGCGGCGGCGGUAGCAUGCACCCGGCCUUCUCAUCCUCAGCGCCUCUGGCGAGCCCCGACUACUACGAGAGGCUGGGCCGCCUCCAGCACGGGCUGCGGGACAGUGAAAAAAAGAGACUGGACCUGGAAAAGAAACUUUAUGAAUAUAAUCAGUCUGAUGUAUGCAGAGUUAAGCUGAAGUAUGUGAAACUAAAGAGAUAUCUGAAGGAAAUAUGUGAAUCAGAAAAGAAGGCUCGUACUCGAAACCGAGAAUAUUUAAAGCGAUUUGAGCAUGUCCAAGCUCAUGUUGGACACUUUACUACAAAUACAGAGAAGCUUCAGGAACUGAGGACCGAAUAUGAGGCUCAAAUUAAGAAGACACAGCUACUCUCAAAAGAUAGACCUGGAAUAAAAGGUGAACUGAAAGAUGAAGACAGAGAAAAGGUUGCAAGGCAGGCAGGAACUAACUCGGGGACAGCCAUGUCAAGAGGAUUGUAUCAACCGGCAACAAUCUUUAUGGGCCGCCAAAUGUCAGCCAUCUCAAGCAUUGGAGGUUUCAGUACAGAGCAGAAAUCUCCCCAGCCCACAAAGAACUUUUCAAUUCCUGACCCACAUUCACACCGACAGACAGCCCAGAGCGGUAAUGUGACAGACAGCUAUGUAGUACAAACUAAUAGUGACACACAGUGCUUAAAUAAGUCUGACAAAAUAGAUGGAAAGACAUCUCUUCAGAUUGGUGAGAAAACGCCAGUCACAGCCAGCGCAUUGUCUGAGGAGGAACAAACUCAUUGCUUACAGAUAGGAAGCAACACGCGUCACGGCGGGAGUAGUUUAUCUGAAGGCAAAAAGUCUGCUGAACUCCAUUCCCCGUUACGGGAAAGAUUAAGUCCAGAGAACAGAACCACUGAUUUAAAGUGUGACAGUUGCAGCAGAUCAGAGGGAUCAGAGGGAGAAAUACUGACACAGGAAUGUAUUGAAGUCAAGGAAGAAAGAGCCAGACCGCCAGUCUCUCCGCUAUCAGCCUCAGAAUACUGUGCAUCUGUAAAUAAGUGUUCUCAAGAGAAGGAUUCUGCUUGGGAAGGUUUCCCAGAUCAUCUUCCUCCUGGGGACCCAGAAUCACAGAAACCCUUCAGAAAAAUGCAGGAACAGCAAGAGGAGGAAAGUUUGAGCAGCAGCAGCAGCAGUGAUCUCACAGUCUCUGUAAGUGAAGAUGAUCUGAUUUUCAAGAGUUCAGAACCACAGCCAAAUCCGGGUGACGUGAUGAAAGGAGAAAAUGGAAUAGAGGCCUUAAAAUUAAUCCACUUUGAGCAAGAACGAGAUGCCCUAUCCACCGAAAAACAUAAUUGUAUUUUGCAAACCCUAAGCUCUCCUGAUUCAAAAAAGGAAUCCGCCACUCACUCACCAACAAGAGAAUCUGAACAAGCACCAGGUCAGCAUGUUGCCACCUUGAAAGAACAUGAUAAUUCUAUCAGAGAAGUAGUAGUUAAGCCAUCUGAAGUUUUCCCAGUCAAAAAAGUGAACCAGACGACAAGGGCAACGGCAUUAUUGAAAAAAGCCCUUACGGAAGAGUGUGAUGAUAGGUCAGCUAUUCACAGUAAUGAAUCAUCUUGCAGCCUGCCAUCUAUUCUGAAUGACAAUAGUGGAAUAAAGGAAGCAAAGCCCGCUCUGUGGCUCAACAGUGUUCGUACAAGGGAACAAGAAGUUUCCAGUGGCUGUGGAGACGAGAGCAGGGAAGAAAGCAUGGCAGCAAAGAUCCCCAUCACAGAAACAAAAGCCUACCAGUUGCUGAAGCAGUCUACCCUUCAGGAUAAUAUAAAUCACACUGAAGACAGAUUCCAAAAAGCGGAUGUUUCUGUAAUACAACUGUCAGGUUUGAACAUUGGCAGCGGUAUACUCAAGACAAAGACAACUAACAAAAUCGCCUCGGAGGCUAGUUUUUCAUCGAGCGAAGGAAGUCCUUUGUCAAGGCAUGAAAACAAAAAGAAACUAACUACCAAUUUAGAGUCUAAAGCCUUUUGGGAUGAAUCCGAUGACAGUAACUCAGAAAUUGAAGCUGCUUUACGCCCUAGAAACCGUAACACAUCUGCCGAUGACUUUGGUGAUUUUUAUGACUAAUAAGCAGUAACAACCAUUGGAAAUAAAGUCAUUAAAUAACCUAAAA